CGCGCCUCCCUCGGGGGAGGCAACGGUGGAUUUCAGGGGCACUUUCUUUCAUCAGGAAGCUUUUGACAAAAUGGAAGUCAGGAUGGCUAAAGGUGACCCCAAGAAGCCAAAGGGCAAGAUGUCUGCAUAUGCCUUCUUUGUGCAGACAUGCAGAGAGGAACAUAAGAAGAAAAACCCAGAAGUUCCAGUCAAUUUUGCAGAGUUUUCUAAGAAGUGCUCUGAAAGGUGGAAGACCAUGUCGGCAAAAGAGAAAUCUAAAUUUGAUGAGAUGGCAAAGGCAGAUAAAGUACGCUAUGAUCGAGAAAUGAAGGAUUAUGGACCAGCUAAGGGAGGCAAGAAGAAGAAGGACCCAAAUGCCCCCAAAAGGCCACCGUCUGGAUUUUUCCUUUUCUGCUCGGAAUUCCGCCCCAAAAUUAAAUCUACAAACCCUGGAAUUUCUAUUGGAGAUGUGGCAAAGAAGCUGGGCGAGAUGUGGAAUAACUUAAGUGACAGUGAAAAGCAGCCUUACAACAAUAAGGCUGCAAAACUGAAGGAGAAGUAUGAGAAGGAUGUUGCCGACUAUAAGUCUAAAGGCAAGUUUGAUGGCGCCAAGGGUCCCGCUAAAGUUGCCCGGAAAAAGGUGGAAGAAGAAGAUGAAGAGGAGGAGGAGGAAGAGGAGGAGGAAGAAGAGGAUUUUUGUAUAUAG